GCUUUGAAAAUAAAAACUUUCAUCAUUAUUUUGUUCAUGUAUAUCAUAUAAAUGAUUUUAUCUUUAUAUGAUCUAAGGUUAUAAGUUACGAAUUAUUUGAGAAACAAAUGGAAUUAGAGGCAAUAUUACGAAAAUGUACAACAGCAAAAACAAUAUCGGAAGAAAAUGAGAAAAAGGAAGAUGAAUAUUUUCAAAAAAUAUAUGAACAAUGGAAGGGCGCUAAAGCUAAAGAUAAAGAUUUAACGUAUAAAGUGAUUCCUAAAUUUUAUUUUAAGUUACCAAAAGAAGAUGAAAUUUUACCACAAAAAUUACGAGAAGAAACACGAGCAUUAUUUUUACAAAGACGUUCACGACAAUUACUAGAUAAUAAUGAACUUAAAGCAUUGUGGGUAUUAUUAGAUAAACACCAUAGUCCACCUUUAUCAGGAGAAGAACAAUUAAUUAAUUAUGAAGAUUUUAAAAAAGUUGGUAAAUUAGCUGGUGCAAAAUGUAGUCCAUAUUUUACUGCAGUUGUAUUUGCUAAAUUACAACAAGGUGAUCCUCAUGGUAGAAUUAGUAUAAUGGCACUUUUUAACUAUGUUAUGAGAAAAGUUUGGUUACACCAAACAAGAAUUGGACUUUCCUUAUAUGAUGUUACUGGUCAAGGAUAUUUAAGAGAAUCAGAUUUAGAAAACUAUAUUUUAGAAUUAAUACCAACAUUACCUCAACUUGAAGGACUUGAGAAAUCGUUUCAUUCAUUUUAUGUUUGUACAGCAGUAAGAAAAUUUUUAUUUUUUCUUGAUCCUCUUAGAACUGGCAGAGUUAGAAUACAAGAUAUUUUGGCAUGUAGUUUUCUUGAUGAUCUCUUAGAAUUAAGAGAUGAAGAUUUACCCAAAGACUUACAAGAAGCAAACUGGUUUUCAGCUCCAUCAGCUCUCAAAGUUUAUGGACAAUAUUUAAAUCUUGAUAGAGAUCAUAAUGGAAUGCUUAAUAAAGAAGAACUUGCAGGAUAUGGCACAGGAACAUUAACUGGAGUAUUUUUGGAAAGAGUAUUUCAAGAAUGCUUAACAUAUGAAGGAGAAAUGGAUUAUAAAACAUAUUUAGAUUUUGUUUUAGCAUUAGAAAAUCGACAUGAACCUCAAAGCUUACAUUACUUAUUUAGAAUUCUUGAUAUUAAUAAUCGUGGUUAUUUGGAUACUUUUUGUCUUAAUUACUUUUUUCGUGCUAUACAAGAACAAAUGACAAUGCAUGGUCAAGAACCAGUGAGUUUUGAAGAUGUUAAAGAUGAAAUAUUUGAUAUGGUAAAACCAGCAGAUCCAUGUAAAAUUACAUUACAGGAUUUAUUAUCAUGUGGACAGGGUGAUACAAUGGUCAGUAUCUUAAUAGAAUUUCAUGGAUUUUGGGCAUAUGAAAAUCGUGAAGCUAUGGCAGCUGACACUGGUGAUGAAUCAUCCCAUGUCUGAAAUACUACUGAUGAAAAUAAUGAGCAUAUAAAUAAAGAAAAUGGAGAAAUUGGACUUUAUAAUGUAAAGGCAAAAUUACAAAGGCUUGGUAAGCUGUAUUCUGAUGAUAGUAGCAGAGAAUUGAGUUCUCCAAUUCAUAGAACUGAAGAAAAAUUUAAUGCAGAAGAAGAAGUUACUGAACAGAAACCAUCUAAAAGAGGAGCUAGACUUGAUAGAUUAGCAGCUCUUGCUUCAACAAUUAAUAACUGGGAAGAUGAUCUUUCACAUCCAACUUUGACUAAAUCAUCAGAUAAUAAAACAGAUAAAAAACAAAUAAAAUUGAAUGUGCAAGUAAAAUCUACCUCAGAAUCACAACAGAUAUUAGAACCACAACCAAGCACAAGUGGGUAUAUUAAAGGAAAUAAUAACAGUAAAGAUAUUUAUUUUAAGAAAGAAGAAUCUUGUUCUACAAAACAAUUAAAAUGGGAUAAAACUAUAUUGGAAACAUUAGAAGCACAAGGUUUUAGUCGUACAAAAAGCGAUAAUCGUCUUAUAUAUGAUUAUAAAGCUUGUUCUCAAGGAAAAGAUGUAGAUUCUCCAAAUUCAUCACCAAAACAUCUUUCACAAAGUCAAGAAAUUAUUACCAUAGUUCGCGAAGAAAAACGUAAUAAGAAAAUAGAAGAUUUUUCAAAACAUACCGACAUAAAAAAUCCUAGUACUCCAGGAAAAAUAUCAAAAAAUGCAAUAUUGAAUACAAAUAAUGCUCUAUUAACACCUAGAGUUGGUAAUUCUCCUAAAAAUUCUACUCAAUCUAGUCCAGGUUCUGUAUUGAGCAAAGCUUCAUUAUUUGAAUCUAAAAAUACAGAAGCAAAAGUAAAAGAUCCUAUUCAAAUGACACUUUCUGAAAGAAUGGCACUUUUUGAAAAAAAUAAAGGAGAAGCACCAUUAUUACCUAAGGCACCUCUUACUAUGUCUAUCCCACCAAAAAAAUUACAAGAAAAAGAUAAAAGUAAUUCAUCAACAUAUAUAAACAAUACAGUAAAGGAACGAGUUAAAACUGAUAUUCCCAAUAGUGCUGUUAAUGUUAAUAUUCAACGAGAAAAAUUUGAACAAGGAUUAAAUAUACAAGAAUUAGAAAAUAAUAUUUUACGUAAUACUUAUUUAGAAAGACAACGUGAAUUGGAUAUGUUACGUUCCCGUUUUAAUAGGAAUAAAGAAAUGGCACAAGCAGCUGCUGGUUCAUAUAUUAGAACUAGUGAAAGUAGUGAAGGAAAAUCAAAUUCACCUAAAAAUUCUCCAGUUUGUCCAGUAAAACCAACACCUGCGCCUGAUCAUGCUGUGCCACCUCCUCCACCACCUCCUCCACAAUUACAGGUUUCUAAUGAAAAAUCAAUUCCAAUUCAAAAUAAAAAUUCCGAAUCAAGUAAAAGACAAGUUGUAGGAAGUCCAAUAAAAACACAACAAGUAAAAGUAGCAUCUGAAAUUAAACGUAUUCGUGUUGCUCCACCUAAACCUGGACAUCUUUAUCCUAAUCUUUCUGAAAUUGAAAAUACAACAGAAACAGAUACAGAAUAUACUGUCAAUAGUACAGAAGCAGAAACUGCUACUUUAGAUGAAAAAACUGAUACAGAAACUGGAACAGAGGCUGAAUAUUAUGUACAUGAUAAUGGAAUUGAGACUGAAAGUGAAGAAGAAAGUGAAGAUGUGAAUACUAGUCUUGGUAGAAGUAUUUUACGUGCUGUAAAUGAACAGUCUUUUCUAAGCAAAAAAAGAUCAAUUGAUCCAGAUCCAGAUAGUACAACUUCCGAUAUUUCAGUAUUAGAUGAAAUGGAUGAAUAUUUAGAUGAAUGUCUUGCACAACAAGAAAUACAUAGUGGAAAUAUUUAUACAGAAGAAGGACCAACUCCUCCCAAAUUAAAUAAAGGUGGUAAGAGUGCAUCAGUAACUUCAAAUUUCAAACAUAGAGAAGGAUUAUCAUAUCGUUCACCUAUGAAAGAAAUCUCUUCAUCAUCUCCUAAAAAAGAUGAGCCAUAUAUUGUAGAUGGAGAAAAUUGUGUACCACUAAUGCAUAGUGUCAGUUUUUAUAGACGACAACAAUCUCAAACGCCAAAAACACCAGUACGUAUAAUAUCAAGAACACAGGAAUCUACUGAUACUUAUUCUGAUGUACAAUUUAAUGUUAAAAAUGAAAUAGUUUUGGUAGAAGAAAAAAUAAAACGAUUGUUAGAUGAAGUAUGCAAACAGCAAACGAUUAUUGGUCAAGCUAGUCAAGCACUGAAUUUAUGUACUUCUACUGUAGAAUUUAAUGGUUCCAGGGAACAAGUUGAAGGAGAAAGAUUAUUACUUGUUGCCACUCAUAGACGGCAAGCUGCAUUAAAUGAAGUUCAACGAUUAAAGGUAGAAGGUACCUUAAAACCUGUUAGUCCAGGAUCACCAGAAGUACAAGAAAGUGGUUCUCUAACAGUUUCUGCUAUUACUUUACCUUUUAAAAAAGGUUAUUUUCGUAACAUAGGUACAAAUACAUGUCUUCAUUUUGUUUGUUUGAUGCGACAUUUAGAAGAAAUAGUUGCUACACCAGUAGUUAUAGUAGAACCUGGUGAUUCAUGCCUUCGAUUUCCAUCAACAUUAAAAUUAAAUGAUUUAUACAGUGAUUUUAAAAUUACUGUUGAAAUAUAUUCAUUGCAAACACAACCCGAAAUGUUACCGCAUGAAAUCAAAUAUCAUAUUAAUAAUGGUAAUGGAAGUAGUAUUAAUAGCAAUAAUUGUAAUAAAAAGUUGGUGAAUAAAACACCAAAAAAAUUUUUAAAACAAGAAAGUCGAUUGGUGAUACCUAGUGUGCAAAGCCCAGCUGGACCAUCUGCUGUUAGAUCUCCAGCUUUUCAACUAUCUGGUUAUGUUAUUUUUAGUUUGAAAGAGAUACAUCGACAACAAUUCACGUUGAAUAAGGUACCAUCGCAAUCCCCACUGGAAGGUCGAUUACAAAUGCAUGUUUCAUGUGAACUUUCGGUAGCAGUUGAACAUAGAGGAUUUCUUACAAUGUUUGAAGAUAUAUCUGGUUUUGGUGCUUGGCAUCGUAGAUGGUGUUUACUCAAAGGUUCUAAUUUAUCAUAUUGGAAAUAUCCUGAUGACGAACGAAAAAAGACUCCAAUUGGAAGCUUAGAUUUACAAAGUGUUAAUACAACAAAUGUUGGAUUAGUUUCUCGUGAUAUUUGUGCGCGUCCUAAUACCUUUCUACUUGAAACAAUUAGAAUUGCUGAAUCUGAAGAUACUGAUAGUUUGAUUAUGGUCAAAAAUGGAUCAACUACAACAAUUAGGCAUCUUUUAUCAGCUGAUACAAAAGAAGAUAGAUUAGAAUGGUGUUCUAAACUUAAUAAAACAUUAAAUUUGAUACAUGCUUGGGGUGGACCAUCAACAUUAUCAUAAUAAUUUCUAUAAAAAUUCUAAUUUUCGUUUUAUAAUAAAAAAAAAAAAAAGAAAUCUUAGCGUAUUGAAGUACGCUUAUUAUUAAUAUAAUGCGUGUAUACAUUUAUACAUAAUGUAUACUUAUGUAUACUAAAUAAUGCAAUUAAUUUUUAAUUAAAAAUA